AGAAUAAAUAUAAAGAGCUAAUAAAAACAUGAAAAAGUUCAUAGUCGUUAUAAAAAAUUAAACAUUACAAAAAUGAGAUAACAUUGAUUUGAUAAUUAUUUCUCGAAACUUGGGGUGGGAGAGAAAAAGAAUUGGGUGUCUGUUUGCUUAGCGAAAAUACUGGAAGGACACUAUACCCAGAAAGUUAACAGAGAUCAUCUCUGGGAAGGGUAAGAGAUUUCUUCCUUCAGGUUUUCUUUUCUGCAUUUUUCAUGUUAAAUAUCAUUUUUGCAGUCACUGAAAGUUUCGCGUAGCAAUAAAUCCAGCGGCGGUCUGGUGAGGUUGGAGUCCCCUGGGUAGAGGUGGGAGGUCGUUGCAGGGCCACAGCAGGACCGCUAGGUGGCCAGAACAAAGGCGAAGCGCAGACGCGUCGGGGUGGGGCCUCUGGCUGCGUUUAAGGGCGGGGCCUGGGCUGGUCCACUCCCGAGCCUCAGGUCCCCAGCCGCCCGCACAGGCAGAGAUGGCUUGGCCGCGCGUGCGGCUCGUGGUUACUGCGGAUGACUUUGGUUACUGCCCGCGGCGGGAUGAGGGCAUCGUAGAGGCCUUCCUGGCCGGGGCUGUGACCAGCGUGUCCCUACUGGUCAACGGCGCGACGGCGGAGAGCGCUGCGGAACUGGCCCGCAGGCACCAGAUCCCCACGGGACUCCACGCCAACCUGUCCGAGGGCCUCCCGGUGGGCCCGGCCCGCCGCGGCGCCUCGUCGCUGCUCAGCCCCGAAGGCUUCUUCCUGGGCAAGAUGGGAUUCCGGGAGGCGGUGGCAGCUAAAGAUGUGGCCUUGUCCCAGGUGAGGGAAGAGCUGGAGGCCCAGCUGAGUCGCUUCCAGGAAUUACUAGGCAGGAACCCCACUCACGUGGACGGGCACCAGCAUGUGCACGUGCUCCCAGGCGUGUGCCAAGUGUUCGCAGAGGCGCUGCAGGCCCACGGGGUGAGCUUCACGCGGCUGCCGCUGGAGCGCGGAUUGGGCGGCUGUACGUGGCUCGAGGCUCCCGCGCGCGCCUUUGCGUGCGCUGUGGCGCGUGACGCCCAGGCUGCUGUAGGCCCCUUCUCCCGCAGUGGCCUAAGGUGGACUGAUGUCUUCGUGGGCCUGAGCACCUGUGGCCGGCACAUGUCUGCUCAUCGAGUGUCAGGGGCACUGGCUCGGGCCCUGGAAGGUACACCCAUGGGCCACUCUCUGACAGCCGAGCUGAUGGCCCACCCAGGCUACCCCAGUGUGCCUCCCGCGGGAGGUUGUGGUGAGGGUCCUGAUGCCUUUUCUUGCUCUUGGGAACGGCUGCAUGAGCUGCGUGUCCUCACCGAGCCCACGCUACAGGACCAGCUUUCUCAGGAUGGCGUGCAGCUCUGUGCCCUCUAUGACCUAGAUUCCAAGAGACCUGGGGAAGGGGUCUCUGGUGAAGCCACUCUAGAAACCUUCCUGGAGUCCUCCCAACUGUGACCCUGACAGCCAAGAACUAAGGCCUUAGUGCUCAGGAAGGAGGCAAGGGUUGAGCUUUGGCACAACCCACAACCAAGCCCCAGAGUGGGUUCUGUGACUUCCCUGGGCAGAAUGAUGGCCCCUCUUUGCCCAGGUCAGAGUGGUGGCCAGAGCUCCAGCAAGCCCUCUUGGCUGCAGGCUAGUCAGCCUGUGACAUCUUGGCCUGGGGUCUGCGAAGAAUUUUGUACUCUUCAGGUUUCCACACAAGCAUCUUUGUUUAGGUGUAGUGGGGAGAGAUCACUGUAUUAAUAAAAUAAUGUGUCUUGUAAA